AUGCCACAAAUUAUUCAAAGUUGGUUAACAAAUCGCUUGGGGAUUGUCCUCGAUUUGUCAUUCAAUAAUUUUGGAAAGAAUGUAAAGGAUGGUGUUUUAUUAGCUCGUUUAUUAUAUAGCUAUGGUGUUUUACCAAUACAUGUUUUGGAACUAAUCAAAGAAACUAAAAAUUACCAUGAAUGUUUAAGAAAUUUAAAUUUAUUAAAACCUUGGUUGGAACAUAUCGGUGUCUCUCAUAACAAUACACUUUUAGAAGAGAUUGCUGGAGGAGAAGGAUCUUCUGCCAUUACAUUGUUUUAUUCCGUUUACAAUAAUUUAGAAAAAAAUGAUAGAUUAAAUUAUAUUUUCUUACAAAAACAAAGGAAAUUUUCAGAUAAUAAUUGCAAAGGAAAAUUUAAAAUAAGUAGAGUUUCCGAUUUACCUCAAAAAAAUAAUUUAGGAGAUUCUCUGACGGGUAAUGUGUCAUUGAGCGCGGAAAAAACUGAAUUGAUUGAAUGGCACAAAGCCAAAUGUAAAGAAGUUAUAGAAAAUAUUAAAAAGAUAAAAGAAAAAUUUUCAAAAAAUUUCGGAGGGAAAAAAUUAGAAUUGAGACCCAUUGUAUCAAGGCACACUUCUUCUCAAGUCAUUACCAAAAAUCAAUUGGAAGCGGAAGAAUUAAGAAAAACGAUUGAGUCGUUUGAAAAAAAACACGUUCAGAAAUGUCCUAAUUUGACAUAUUCGGAAUUAAUAAAUUUAAAAAAUGUAUUCGAAGAACAAUUAAUUACUAUGGACGUUCCCAAUCCGGAAAAAGUCAAAAAUGUUUUAUGUAAAAUUAAAGCUAAGAAAAAACGUGAAAUGUACGCAAAAAAUUUUCAAGAAAGCAUGCAAGAAAAAGUAUUGGAAGACCAAUGGAAUAACGUAAUCAAAAAUCAAAACGAAUGUUUCGACAAAACCGUUUGCAAAACGUUGUUGAAACAAAGUCAAUACGAAAAACAAAUGGCCGGAAAAUUACACCAGUUGAGAAAUAAAAAAAAAAAUAUAGCCGAAAAUAGAAAACUCAUUGAAAAUUUAAAAACGGAACAAAGGGAUUUCGAUUUUGACAAUUUAUUGGCCACAAAAAUGGAAAAGAAAAUAGAAAACAUGGAAGAAGAAAAAUUUGAAAAGGAAAGACUUUUGCAAUUGCAUAAAAACGUUUACGAGGAAAAAGUGAGAGCGAGAAAAGAAUUUUUAAAAAUGGAAUCUCAUUCAAUUAUUGAAAGCAUCAUUGAAAUCGCUUUGAGAGUGGUGGAAAUACGAGAGUUGACCACUUGUCAAGUGCCCAAAGCAUUAAUGAAAGACUGGAAAGAACUUUUUUAUAAAAAUUUAUCAAUUUUCGAUUCGUUGGAUCAUUUGGAAGAGUUGUGUGACGCGGAAUUAGAAUUGUCCGGUAAUAAUAAAAACGACGAAGGAAAAGAUAACUCAUCAUUUAUUACGAGUCACAGCGAUCAAGUCAGGUGCCAGGAAAAAUGUAAGCACAACAUACUAAACGAAGCUGAUUUUGUCGACUACAUGAAAUUAUUGGGACCCUGGAUGGUCGAACUCCUUCUUCCGGAUAGUACGGAGACGGAAGUUCAACAAUUCGUUUUGGGAUACGUCGUUCAUAAGCUUUUGAAUAUAAAAUACCCGGUUUUGAAUCGAUUGGUGCACGCACCCUUGAAACCCAUGAAACCGACAGCCAUAAUUCAAGAUUUGGAUGAUGACGGUUGUAAAAUGUUGAUGGAUUUGAUGAAUCCUUGCAAAAUCCUCGUUGUACUCGUGAACGAUGCAAUUAAUUUUGUGCUUUCGACGUAUAAGCAAGAGCUAUCGAGUGUGAGAGACAUAGAUAUUACUUUUCAAAAUUUAACGGAAAAAGCGCUUCAAGAUAAACCGGGAUUGGAAAAAGAUAAAGAUAUGAAAAAGAAAAUGGAAUUGUUGAAAAAAGAAGAAGAGGAUGACGUUGAGAUUCUUAAUGAAGAUUUUAUUUUGUUAAAUAAAGAAACGCAAACUCCGAGAAAAAUCCCCGAUGACGAUCCGCUUCUUUCACCCAAUGCUGAAAUAGGGAAAAUUGUUUUUGAAUUUUUAGGUGCUGGAGAUCCAGUACCCGACAACGCUCUCACUUCAGCAAUAUCAGCUUACGUUUAUUCUAAACAAGAGGAUUACGACGGUUGGAUAUUGUUAAAUUAUCCGCAAUUUUACUCGCAAGCCAGCGAUUUGGAAUACAUUUUAACCGGAUAUCGUUUUCUUCCCGUGGACGAAUUCGAGGAAACGUUAGAAGAAAUAGAAGGGUUUUCUUAUCGGCAAUCGUGUUCUUCGAACAUGUGUUUUCCCCAGGAAUUUGCUAAAAAUCAAUCUCGAUUAGUACCGAAGCCGAAUACGGAUGAACCUACACCGGAAUCCACUCCGAAAUCGUAUUUUGAUUAUUUUAUAAAAUUGAAAAAAACAAGCGAUCUCCCGAAAACUUUUUUGGAAGAUAUUUCCUGCGUGACGCCGAUCGAAGAAUUUUAUUUCAACCAACGAAUUCUUCGAUAUCACGAGUAUUCAAAGUUAAAUUUUCAAACUGUUAAAAAUAUCGGGAAAUUAAUCCUUUGCAAAAAUUUCGAAGAAAAUUCGUUGAUGGCGAAAACCUCGUUUGAAGUAUUCGGUGAUACAAUUUUUGAAUUGAAUGAAAAAUGGGAUCCGACGAAAAAGAAAAAUGUAAAACAACAAGAAAAGGAAACCGUUGGAGAAUCGAGAAAAUUAAAAGAGAAAGAAGCGACGUUAAGUGAGUACACGGAUUUUGAAAUUGAAUUAAAAGAUGUGAAUUACGGUGGUGAUUUCAAAACAACUGGGAAAAAAUCCGCGGAUGUGCCUAAUAAUGCGAAACCUGGAGAUCCCGAAUGGGAAUGGGUUUCGGGUAAUCAACCCGAAGAAUUGUUAUUGGCUUUAGCUACCCUGUGGGAAAAUAUGGAAGCCAUAUAUAUUGAAGAUUUAAAAGAUGUUUUUUUCGGGCUUCGGAUUCAACGUUGCAAUCUAUUAUCGUACUGCGGAUUCAUACACAAGUCCGUGGAAGUUGUAAUGAAGCAACCGGAUGAAAAGCAAAAAGUUUUAGGGGAUUUUCAACAAAUGUUCAACGAUAUCGAUGAAGAUUUGCGACCGGAUUUAGACAUAAAAUGCGAACUUCACAUUCGCGUGUCCGAAUUGGAAGAGGCUCUCAUGGGACUCGCAGACGAACGUAAAGCCAAGUCAUUGAAGGACGUCACGAAAGUGGCUCAAGAUUGUUGGGCAGCCGACGAAAUGGCAAAUUUGAUUAAUUUAUUUUUGACUAUCGUGCAACUAGAAGUCGAUAGAUGUUUGGAAACGUGUCAAAUUCUAACGGAUUAUUACACGUCACUUCAGCAAAAAAUUCCAGAUGAAAAAAUAAUCGGUAAAGUAAUUGUCUCUAAGUUACAAGUGAAAGAUCGAAAAUAUUCAAUUGUAUCCUCUUCGACUCACAAAUCGUCUUCCGGUCAAUUUGCCACGCCUAGGAACACCGAGGUAAAAAAAUUGAAUCGUACCAAUACGGAUCAAAGCAACAAAACUAAUUUUGAAAGGUCGAGCAAAACGAGAGGUUUCCCUGAUAAAAAGAAAAAAAAUUCGGAUGUGAAUUUUCUGGCGGGAGCCUCGGAAAACAUUUCGGAUAUCCUUGUAAAUUUGGCACUGCCAAGUGACGGAAAUACGCUGUUUCAUAAUUUCUUUCGAGAAAGCGUUUCAGCAGCUAAAAAUGAAACCUGUGCAAUAAUGGAGGGGAUUUUAUCGGAUAUCAGAAAAAGCGACAAAAAUAAUGCUAGAAAUGGGAAAAAGGGUGGCGAUGCCGGACCUACACCCAACGGAAACCUUAUUGCCGAAUGGGAAACAGCUUUAUGCAGUGAAUUAUCGAGAUUUAAUUUUCGAAUGAAACUUAUUUUAGCAAGAGGAAUGUACGAUUUGAAUGAAUUUUUAGCGACGAUUCUCAAUACUUUAUCAGCUCUAGCAGAUGACGUACACGAUAUGUAUUUGAGAGAAGUGCAAAGCAUAACCGAAUGUUGCAAAGUGUUUCGGUGUUCGAUCGAAGAAGAAAUUCCCGUCCAACCCCAACUUGAAUUAAGGGAAGAUUGUUUUUUCGUCAAUCAAAAUGUAUUAUUUUUCACAAAACGUGGGGAUCCUCCGAGCGUGAAAUUCGAUAAACAGCAAGAGUUUCGUUUUGCAAUCGAACAUCUUCAUCUCAUUUUUGAUAAACUUCGUCGCGUUGCUCCCAACGGUGAAAUCAUCAAACGAUCCCUACUCUUUAUAUUAGAAGAUUUACGGGCUUUUAAUUCGGAAAUUAAAAAUUGCGACUGUUUUCCGAGAGCGUGGAAAAACUUGGAUCCGAACGACAUAAUAACCAUCCUAGAUGAAAUUUAUUUAGAUUUGGAAAUUGUUAACUGGAAAGAUUUCAUCAUUUACGGAUUCGAAAUUCCGCCUCCGACGGAAGAAGACGUUUUGAACAUGAGAAAAUUAUUCAGAGAAUGCGAUUGUAGCGGAACGGAGCUCAUAACUCGCGAAAACUACGAUAAAAUUAAAUAUUGGUUCGAGGAAAACAAGAGAGAUAUUCAUUUAUUUGAAAGGCAUGAGAAAAUAAAAGAUUUACUGUUUAAAAUGUAUCAGGUAGAUGAAUUACAGGCCAAUUAUUCGGCUCUCAUGUUGGCUUUUUGCAAGGACGAAAAUCCAUUUCACGGAUUUACCAAAGCGUUGGCUUUGAUUAUGGGUAAAAAAAUAAAGAUAAACGAAUUUCCCGAGGAAAAUUAUUUACACGUGUACGGAGAGAGCGACGAGUACGAAAAUGAUGACGUUUUUGAAAAUUAUCCGUCGAAUUUUUUAGAUAAUCAAAACAACGACUCGUCGAGUUCUUCGGAUAGUUAUAAAAAAUGCCUUCCGAAACAAAAAAAUUUAAGGUGCACGUGCACCGAUGAUAAGAGCGUGAAUCCGGACGACGAUGAUGUGAACACAUUCGAAGGAAGUUAUAGCGAAGAAGGGGAGAGCAGAUCUUUGUUUUACGAUGGUCCCAAUAAGUUUUCACUAGCAUCUGAAACUACCACGGUGCCUUCCUUUGUCCUAUCCUUACUUUUGAAAACAUCUUUUCCGUCACUGUCGCAGUUGAGUGCUCUUCUCGAUUGCAAUCAAAUUUUUCAAGAUACUAUAAAUUCAGUGUACGACAGUUUGGAACCGUCCGUCGAUCAAAUCUACAUUUAUAAAUUACUUAGACAUAAAUUCAUAUAUCAAUUACUCCAAAGUACAAACAAAUUUAAGCAUUUAAGAACUAGUCAAAUUCUAAUGAGUUUAUUGAAAAGCAAAGGGACGUUAAGCGCAUCUUUUUGUUACCUACACAAAUCCAAAAUCAAUUGUCGUGAGAAUUGA